AUUCGCUUUUGAUGUCAAGUUUUGGUGUGUGCAGAGAGACGGUGUGCAUUGGAAGUGAGAGAGAGACACUGUUGAAGUUGAAGCAUCAUCUCACAGAUCCUUCAAAUAGGCUUUCUUCUUGGAAUGCCUCUGUCAAUCCCAAUUGCUGCGAGUGGGAUGGAGUUGUGUGCAACAACAUUACAUCUCAUGUUGCAGAGCUUCACCUCACCACUCCACGUCCUUCUUUCUCUUUUUAUAAGAGCAUUCCUUAUCAAUUGGAUGUAGAUAUUUAUGAAGAGGCAUUAAAAGAGUAUAGGAGACGGGCCUUUGGUGGAGAGAUAAAUCCUUGUUUGGUUGAUUUGAAGCAGUUGAAUUACUUGGAUCUUAGCGGCAAUCAUUUUCCAGGUACUCCAAUUCCUUCCUUCAUUGCAACAAUGACUUCUUUAACUCACCUCAAUCUUUCUGAUGCUGGAUUCAUGGGGAAUAUUCCUUCUCAGAUUGGAAAUCUCUCCAAUUUGCUCUAUCUUGAUCUCAGUUAUCUUUAUUUUGGAAGUCAUGAAAAUGUUGAUUGGCUAUCAAGUCUGUCCAAACUUCGUUAUCUUGACUUGAGCAACACUUGGUCAUUUGAAAGAAGUAUGCCAAUUCCUUCUUUUGUUGGAACAAUCACCACCUUAAUUCACUUGGACCUCUCUAAUUCUGGAUUCAUGGGCAACAUUCCUCUUCAGAUUGGAAAUCUUUCCAAUUUGGCGUAUCUAGACCUAAGCGGUGCUGCCAAUGGAACACUUCCCUCUCAAAUUGGAAAUCUCUCCAACUUGCUCUACCUGGAUCUUCGAAGUGGUGAUUCUAUUGACAAAAGUUUGUUUAUUGGAAAUGUUGACUGGUUGUCAAGUCUUACUAAGCUUGAAUAUCUUGAUUUAGGAGGUGCAAACCUAUCCCAAUCAUUUCACUUGCUUCACACCCUCCAACCUCUUUCUUCUUUGUUGCACCUACAUUUGUCAGGAUGCACACUUCCUUACUCCAAUCAACCAUCAUUUCUUAACUCCUCGUCUCUCCUCACUCUUGAUCUUUCUGACAUUUCUUAUAAUUCAAAAAUUUCAUUUGUUCUAAAGUGGGUGUUUGGACUAAAGAAACUUGUUUCUCUUGUUUCAACUUUUAACUACUUUGAAGGUCCAAUUCCUGAUGGUCUUCGAAACCUCACACUUCUUGAAAAUCUUGAUUUGAAGGAAACUUCAUUUUCAUCUUCUAUACCUCAUUGGUUUUAUAGUAGUUUUCCUCAUCUCAAGUUCUUGCACCUAUCAAGGAACAACUUACAAGAAAAUAUUUCUGAUGCCUUAGGAAAUAUGACUUCUCUAGUUACACUUGAUCUGUCAUACAAUAAACUUGAAGGUCCAAUUCCAACUUCUUUAGGAAAGGUGACUUCUUUGGUCAUACUUGAUCUAUCACACAAUAAACUUGAAGGUGAUGGAAAACAUACAAAAUCACUUGGAGAACUUUCAUCAUUGAGAGUACUUAUUUUGUCGUCAAAUCAACUUGGUGGAAAUCCAUUUGAAAGUCUUAGAUCACUCUCUAAAUUAUCAAGUCUUGAUAUUGGUUAUAAUCGUUUUGAAGGAGUUGUCACAGAAGAUCAUCUCACGAAUCUUACGAGUUUGACUGACCUUUUUGCAACAAGAAACAAUUUGACUUUAAAAGUGGGUCCCAACUGGCAUCCUACUUUUCAACUUAGUUAUUUGGAUAUGAGCUCUUGGCAAUUAGGUCCCAACUUUCCUUCAUGGAUUCAAUCACAAGACAAACUUGAUUAUUUAGCGAUGUCUAACACGAGAAUUUUAGAUUCUAUUCCCUAUUCGUUUUGGAAAACAUUAUCUCAAGCUUCUUUUCUAAAUCUCUCUCAUAAUCAUAUCCAUGGUGAGCUUCAGACUACUUUAAAGAAUCCAGUAUCUAUAAUUACUGUUGAUCUAAGUGCAAAUAAGUUAAGUGGCAAAUUUCCUUCACUUUCAAAUGAUGUGGGAUUUUUGGACCUUUCAAGCAAUUCAUUCUCCAAAUCCAUGGAUGAUUUUUUAUGUAAAGGUAAAGAGAAGCCAAUGAAAUUAGAAUUUCUCAAUCUUGCAUCGAAUAACUUAUCAGGGGAGAUACCAGAUUGUUGGGACAUCUGGCCAUAUCUAUUGUAUGUAAAUUUACAAAAUAAUAAUUUUGUUGGAAACAUUCCCCAAUCCAUGAGUUCCUUAAUAGAGCUAGAAUCAUUAAGCAUCCGUAAAAACUUGCUCUCGGGAACAUUUCCUACAAUUUUGAAAAAGACCAAUAAAUUGAUUUUGUUGGAUCUUGGAGAAAAUAAUUUUUCAGGAACAAUUCCAACUUGGGUUGGAGAAAGUUUUUUACAUAUGAAGGUUCUUAUCCUUCGAUCAAAUAGAUUUUCGGGUCAUAUUCCUAAUGAAAUAUGUGAUAUGAGUCUUCUUCAAGUGUUAGACCUUGCACAAAAUAAUCUGACUGGAAACAUACCUACUUGUUUUAAUAGUUUGAAGACCAUGACCCAAAUGAACAAAAAUUAUAUUGUAAUCAGUGUUCGUCUUUGGUUGAAAGGAAGAGGAGAUGAAUACAAAAACUUUCUCGGGUUGGUAACAAGCAUUGAUUUGUCAAAUAACAAAUUAGUAGGAGAAAUACCCAGAGAAGUCACAGAUUUAAAUGGUUUGAUGUUUUUGAACUUGUCCCACAACCAACUUAGUGGUCACGUUCCACAAAACAUUGGUAAUAUGGGAUCAUUGUUGUCCAUUGAUUUUUCAAGGAAUGAACUUUCUGGUGAAAUCCCUCCAACUAUUUCAAAUUUGAGCUUUCUAAGCAUGCUAGACUUGUCUUAUAAUGGUUUGAAUGGAAAAAUUCCAACAGGAACUCAGUUGCAAACCUUUGAUGCGUCCAACUUUAUUGGCAACAAUCUUUGUGGCCCACCACUACCCAUCAGUUGCAGCUCCAAUGACAAAAGCUAUAUUCAGAAUGGCAAAGGGAGUGAUAGGCAUGGAUUAAACUUAUUUUAUGUGGGUAUGACAUUUGGAUAUAUGGUGGGAUUUUGGAUAGUAGUUGGUCCUCUGGUCAUUUGUAGAUCAUGGCGUUAUGCCUAUUUUCAUUUCCUUGAUCAUGUGUGGUUCAAACUUCAAUAUUUUUUCUAAUGUGAGUACAAUAUAUCUAAUGUGGUGAAAAAUAAAGUUAUUAUAAAACAUGGAAGUUAAUUUGAACUACUCUG